CCUACAACCGCCGCUUGAACAGAAUCGGCUGCUUGUGUCUGGAAUGCAACGCAUGCGCCAUCCCGCCCAUCACCGUCCCGACACAAGGGCAGCGCUCGAUUUCUUCUAGAUUCAUUGGGAAAGACUCUGCGGGAUAUAUAAGCGUACCAAGACAGAAAAGAAAGCUUGCGCCGAUAUAUGUAACUCGAUAUCCGUCAUCGCCCGGAUUCCCUCGCCUCUCCCCCCCUCCACGAUAGACAUCAUGUCUGACUGGCGCUCCGAGUAUCUAGCUUCCAUCAGGGAGCAGGAGAAGAACAACCCCGUCAAUCUUGAAAUCGUCCAACUCUGCUCUCAACUCUCCGACCGCGUUGCGGCGCUCGAAGCCGAGAAGGAAGUCCUUAGGUCCAAAAUCACACCCGGCGACAGGAAACCCUCCGAGAAGCCGAACACGACCGCCGCUGCCGUUUCGAUCGAUCCCAGCUCCGACCCCAAUGUCGCGCAGCUCCAACUCCAGCUCGCCGAGGCGCUGCGGUCCAACGGUACCCUCAAGGACCGCGCGAAGGCGGCCGAAGAUGAGCUCCAGGCGCUGCGCAGCAAAACCAAGGAGGACGCAAGGAAGAUAAGGAGCCUGGCCGCCGAGAGCACGGCGCUAACGACGAAGCUGCGGGACCGCGAGCACGAGCUACGCGAGAAGCGCAAGCUGGUGGAGAAUGUCCAGGACGAGAUGAUCACGAUGAACCUCCAGAUGUCCAUGGCCGAGCAGGAGCGGGACAAGGUCAAGAAGGAGAACAAGGAGCUCGUCGACCGCUGGAUGAAGAGGAUGGCACAGGAGGCCGAAGCCAUGAACCUCGCCAACGAACGUUGAUGAU